AGAUGAAGUCUCAUUUUUUGGGAGUCGAAACGGAGGUUGGGUAGUCUUCAGCCGAGCAAAAAGCGUGCUAUUCAGGUCCCUCCGCAGACCACGAGAAAGCGAUGAGCGCAAUUGGGGAUGCAGCAAGAUCUGGGGUCUCAUCUUGUAGACAUGGAGAGUUAUCGCAUUGAAAAAAGAUGACGGAAUUAAUUGCGGAACUAGAUGAUCGCCGGAACGUGACCCGCGGCAGGCUUGGCGCCGAUUGGUCAUUUCAACCCGACUUUGACCACUUGAACAUCCCCAGGGUCUCUCUCUCAUCAAUGCUCCUUCCUUGUCUAGGGUUGUCGCUUGGAUUGCGGUUUGGACUAUGAAAGCGUGCUUGUUGGCACUCCCACUCCAACAUGUCUCCUGUUAGCUGUGGCCUUUUCCGCCCCUUCCUUUCUACAUGCAUUGCAUUACUAUGCUUUCUGCUUGCUGGUCAAGCCUACGAGGAAGUCUCCGAUAACACCUUAAAUGCCCUUCCACGACCGAAUAACGACUUUGAUAUUCAUAAUGGAGCGCUAUUAUCGCCCAUCCUGCGACCCCGGGUCUCCGGAACCCCGGGUUCCGCAGCGGUCUUGCAACACUUUGUGGACUUCUUUCGCGACUCACUACCUAGUUGGAGUAUCGAAUUUCAGAAUUCUACAUCAACAACGCCCGUCUCGAAUGGGAAGGAGGUUCCCUUCAUAAAUCUCAUUGCGUCUCGUGAUCCUCCGUGGGCAUCCCCCGGAGAUGUGGGAAGACUGACACUCGUCGCGCACUACGAUAGUAAAUACUCGCCGGAGGGUUUUAUCGGGGCCAUUGACAGCGCAGCCCCUUGCGCAAUGAUUAUGCACACAAUGAGGAGCAUCGAUGCGGCAUUGACAAAGAAGUGGGAGAUGAUGCAGGCAGAGGGUAACACAGACUCGUCGUUGGAAGAACAAAGGGGCAUACAGGUCAUCUUCUUGGAUGGAGAGGAGGCAUUCAAAGUAUGGACGGCGACGGAUUCGUUGUACGGGGCGCGUUCGCUUGCGGAGCAAUGGGAUUCACAGGUGAAUCCCGCUAUGUCGGCUUAUAAAACCCCCUUGUCCUCUAUAUCUCUCUUUGUACUUUUGGAUCUCUUAGGCUCGAGACGUCCAACUAUCCAGUCGUUUUUCUCAACGACACACUGGGCCUAUAAGAAGCUUGCCCGCCUUGAGAAGCGUCUCCGAGAUCUCAAGCAGUUCAAGUCCUCUGCCGAUCCUUCUCACCCAGCAUGGUUCAUUGAUGCUGGGAAGACGGAGCAUCAAAUAACCACUUUUCUCGGAAUACAGGAUGACCAUUUGCCAUUCCUGGAGCGCGGCGUCGAAAUUCUCCAUGUCAUCGACGCUAACCCCGCCACUGGCUUUCCAGUGGUGUGGCAUAAUGAAAAGGGUGUGCCAGAUGAUGGCGAACAUUUGGAUUUAGCCACAGUGGAAGACUGGAGUUUGCUAUUCACUGCGUUUGCUGCCGAGUGGAUGGAGUUGGAGGGCUUCAUGCCGCAGUCCAGCGGCGAGGCGUCUCCCGCAGAGAAGGAUGCAGCACAUAUAAUGGACAAGCGCUCUGCAAGCGACGACAAUCGCGUCAACAAAAAGACUGAGUUCUCUUGUUAACGGUUUUCCCACGGCAACUUCCCUGCCCGAUAUCCAAUGCAUCCAGUAUGUGGGUAA